AGCGGAGAUUCACCCACUCCACAAUAACACCAACCGGGAUGCUAAAUAACCAAGGUUGUGCUGACGACUCCGCUCACGCAACUCAAUUUCGGUGUGUGCCGCGUGUGAUAACAGCGAACCCUCUUGAAUCCUUCCUUUGAGAAAACUUCCGGUAUGACAUCCCUGUGCGCGGGCAAAGUUCUCAAUCUACCAAUGGGGCAAAGAGCAACUUCUUUUGGCCCCGUGACUCGCGGUGAGCGGAAAUCUUGAAGAAAAUAAAACGCAACCUACGCCAGAGCAUAACGUUAGCUGUCCAGUCUCUUAACGAUGUCCCGGAUCCUGAACGGUAUCGUGGCGGUAUGUCCCGACCUGGGUAUCGGAAACAAGGGGAACCUGCCCUGGCACCCCGUAAGACUCAAUGACGAAUUCAAACAUUUCCGAAAGAUGACUGCGACGCCAUCUGUGAGCGGGAAGCAGAAUGUGGUGAUCAUGGGCAGGAAAACAUGGUUCUCCAUCCCAGAGAAGAACAGACCUCUGAACAACAGAAUCAACAUUGUCCUCAGCAGGGAGUGCAAAGCCCCCCCCGCGGGAGCACACCACCUGGCGCGAGACUUUAACUCGGCUCUCAGGCUGGUCGAUACGGAGCUGGCAGAGCAGGCGGACCACGUCUGGGUCAUCGGGGGCAGCUCCCUCUACAAGGAGAUGAUGGAGAGUCCGGGGACCAGGAGACUGUUCGUCACACGGAUCCUGAAGCAGUUCGAGUGCGACACCUUCCUCCCUGAAAUCAGUCCAGACAAAUAUCGCCUGCUGCCAGAGUUUCCAGGAGUGCCGAGGGAGCUCCAGGAGGAGAAUGGGAUCCAGUACAGAUAUGAGGUCUACGAGAGCAUCCAGCAAUGAAGUGACAGCAGAAAAAAAUCAGAACCAGAACUAUGCAAAACAAUUGUAAA